AUGCGCGAAGGUCAAUCAAAGAAGGCCCUGGUCUCUCACUUAGGCCUCCUAUAUAGUAGUACCAUGCAGCAUGCAGCACGAGAAGCAACCACCGAGCUCGGUUCUACCGGCAGAUACCCUAAACGUUACACUGCCUCCACCUAUGAUAUGCUUCCGUUGUGGAGGGCAACGAUCGUCCCGGCAAGGAUCACGAUGGGAGGAUUGACUCCAUUCUGGCGAGGUCCCACCAAUCUUGACUUGACUUUCCUUUUCUGGGCUGCUGCAGAAUGA